UGCUAAAAAAUCUCUCUCUUCUCCGCCAUACAAACAAAUGAGCGAAAGAGCAUGACCGAAACACCGUCACCAAAAAGCCAACGCUUUUUGGCUCCGACUUUUUCUCAUUUCUGAAACCACGAAUAUUCCUUCCCUUUUCAAGCUCCUAAUCUAAACCUCCAACCCUAACCCUUCCUUUCUCUCUAUUUCGCGAUUCAAUUUCUCCUCUUGUAAUCUCAGGUACUCUUUUGCGUCGCUUCUUCUGGGGAUUCAACUUGGCAUUCCCGAGCUUUGUUUGUUUUACAUGAAUUGAUGGUCUGGUGCACUGUGUUUUCUUUUUUCUUAUAAAAUUCUGAGGCUCCUGCAAAUCAGCUUGGGUACAGGGGGAAAAAGGAGAAAAAGAAAAGAAAUCAUGAAGAACAAUUGGUUGUAUUUCAUGAAUCCGAAUGAUGGAUGUCCAUAUAUUUUCCCUUUAGAACCCCUUUUAUCAAAAAGUUUCAGGGGUCACACAUUUUCCCAGUUAAAUUCAUUUGUGGACAAUUCUCUGCACCAAUCUAGAUUCUUAUAUAUUCCUGGAAGCAUGGCUUUUCAAGAAGCUCUUAAGUGCAUGUCAAAGCUUGCUGGUGCUUUACUUUUUUGGUUCACUAGUUCAUCCAGUUCAAAUUUGACACAGCAAAUAUCAGGAAAUCAACAUGGACCAAGGGUUGGAAGCAGUCAUUCUCUUACCCAAGUUAAGCACAUUACUUCUACCAAACAUGAGCUCACUGGGUUUCGCUUCGGCUAUAGAUCAAAAGGAGAAUCUUCAUCUCUUGUAGUUUUAGGUAAGAUUUCAAGUUUCAUGAGGAGGCUUCUCUGCAGAGAAGCUGAAAGACUUCAAUCAUUCCCAGUUUUCUCAUUCGCUGCUGCUUUGGUUCCACCUCUUGAAAACUUACCUUCAAAGGUAUUAGCUGUUCCAUUGGAGAAUGGUGAUGGGCAAGUGCAAAGAUCUAUAGAUCAAAGGCCUUGUGAAGUUGGGCCGCAUGGAUGUUCAGGCUUCUCAUUUCCUGACUUAAAUUGGACAAGACAUGCUGUUGAGCCUAGAACUGGCAUUGAGUUUCCAGUGAUUUUGGACAACAUAUUAGCUGAAGAGCAUAAAUCUAGUUUAACCUCGGAGGUUCUUGUAGGAACUGGAUCCAAAAGUAUGAAAAUAAUCAAAGUAAAGUCACUGAAGGUUUAUGCAUUUGGUUUUUAUGUGCAUCCUAACUCUGUCUGUGAGAAAUUGGGCCAAAAAUAUGCUUCUGUUCCUUCUGAUGAAUUAAAUAAAUGCCGUGACUUUUAUGAGGAUCUUCUCAGGGAAGAGAUUGGCAUGACUGUUCGGCUUGUCAUUAACUGCAACGGGAUGAAAAUCAAUACAGUGAAAAAUGCUUUUGAGAAAUCACUUCGAGCCCGUUUACAGAAGACAAAUCCCCACACUGAUUACAGUUGUGUGAGAGCAUUUGGUUCAUUCUUCACAAAAGAUAUUCCACUACCUGCGGGCACAACUGUUGAUUUUCGACGGACAGCUGAUGGGCAACUAAUAACUGAAAUUGGAGGUGAGCAGAUUGGAGCAGUCCAUAGCAAGGAAUUAUGUAGGGCUUUCUUUGACAUGUAUCUCGGAGAUAUUCCUGUGUCAGAGCAAACAAAGGAAGACAUUGGCAAUAAUGUAGGCAGUAUUCUUAGGAGGUGCUAACCCAAUUAAUUGCACAUUUCCAUUGGCUCGGUUUUUAAAUGAGCAAUUGGUUACUGAUGCAAUAUACAUACUUCUGGGUGUACGGUGAUGGUUCAUUGAUGAUAAACUUGACCAAUAUGAAAUUUGUUUCCUGGACGAGCACACGCAUAUCCUGGAAAUAAAUGAAUUUCCCCUUUUAAAGUGCUUGGCCAUAGGUUUAGUUUAUGGAAAUUAGACACUCUCUGGGUUUAGAAGGAAAAAGGAAAUUAUAUUA